AUGAAACGAUACGAUGAAAAAACAAUCAACGCUAGGAUCCAGAGAGAGCAAAAGAAUGAAUUCGUAAGAGAAAGGAUUCGAGGCGAUUUGAAAUUAGACACCUACAGCAAAAUUCAAGGCAUAUCAAUAGACAAAGCAGAUGCAGCGCAAACAAAGAAACAGCAGGAAGAAUUGCUCAAAAGAGAAUGUGAAACGGAAGAGAGUCAACUGAACAAGACAUCUAAACAUCCCAAUGGAGCAGAAGAAGAAUACUUUACAUCAUUACAAUUUGACAGCGAGAAAAUUAAGGAAAACCGAAUGAAACAAUGUGAACUAUUAAAUGAAAAACAAAAAAGAGAAAAAGAAAUAGCACAUGAAAUACUUCGAGAAAAAGCAUUGCAACAAACAUUACAAAAUGAUGAAGGGUAUAAAAAACUAAAGGGGAAAUUAGAUGAGAUAGCUACAUUAAAAGUAAGAGAAAAUCAAAUACGUGAUGCGAAAUUUUGUAAAACAAAAGAAAUAGAAGAUGAUAACAAAAGAAUUGAAAAACAAAUGGAACAUAUACUUAAAAAAGAAGAAUUAGAAGAUGAGAAAAAAAAAAAAUUAAAUUAUGAAAAAGUUAUGGAAACCAAAAUGGAAUUACAACAACAGAUUAAUGAGAAUUUGAAAAAAAAAAAAAACGAAUUCUAUGGAAAUGCUCAAGAACGAGAUAACAUAGAAAAUAUAAUAAAAAAUUACAAUGACGAGGAAAAGAAAAAAAAAGAAGAAGAAUUGCUAAAGCAAAAAAAAUUAUUAAAAGAAUUCCAAGAACAAAUUGAACUGAAAAAUAAACAAAAACAGCUCGAAAAAAUAAAAGAAUUAGAAGAAGAAUUAAAAAAUCAAGAAUAUAUUAAGGAAAAAGAAGAAAAAAUUAAAAAUUUACAAAAAAAAAAAAAAGAAAAAUAUCUAGAAAAACAAAAAGUUGUCAACGAAUUAGCACAUAAAGAAUAUCUCAUAAAUAAAGAAAAAGAAUCUUUAGAUGAACUACUCAACAAAGUGUAUAUAGAAGAACAUGACUUUAAAGAAAGGCAAAAAGAAAUUAAAGAAAAUGAAAAAAAAUUACAGCUCAAAAAUGAAAUGUUAAAACAACUUGAAAUAGACAUUAAACUUAAAGAGCAGCAAAGACAAAAGGAAAAAGAAGAGGAUGAAAAAAGAAAAAUUGAUCUACUUGAAGAAAAAAAAAAAUUGGACAAAAUAGAUCAAUACACAGAUAAAAAAAGGAAAGAAAAAUUAUUACAAUAUAGAAAAGAAAUAUACGAAACCUUUCAGCAAAAAAAAGACGCUGUCAAAAACGAGCGCUUACAAGAGGAACAAGAAAAAAACAAACUUUUAGAGGAGCAGAAGCAGUACGAAGAUUUGAUAAAUAAGGAAAAGAUAAAACUCCUAGAGAAAUACAGCAAAGACAUUGUAGAAAAGCUGCCAGAAGAUGUAUACGAGAGUCUUAAAAAGAAAAACCUUAUUACUUAG